UAAUUCCCUAACACUUGACCAAUUUUCUUAAAUCAUACCCUUUUUAUCAAUGCAUUGUUCAAAUAUAAAACUGGCAAUUUCAAAAUCCGAGAACCAAAAAACUUUGAAUUAAAGACCAACAACAUAACCAAACACACAGUUUCGGUUCUAACUUAACCCAAAUGCACUAAAUUGAAUCGAACCAUAAUUUUAAUAAUUUGGAUUGAUUUUGGUUGCACUGUGAAACUCAGUCGGUUACCAUUACUACAAAUAUUAUUUGGCGGUAAAAUUGAUCGGGUUUCCAAUUCUUUAAUAGAACCGGCUAUCUACCCGGUACGUUUGACCUAGUUAUUAUAUAUGGAAAUAAUUUUUUUACUGUUUAUAACACAGUACUAGUAGUAUAUAAAUAUCGAGAAAAAAGGGUCUAAACCUUUUGCCUCCUCAUCCAACUCUGCGCGGCUUUCUCUCUUCUUCUGAGUUUUGACUUCAUCAGAAGAGCUCGGCAUCGAGGGAGCUAACAAAACCCUAAAAAGGUUUAGUGCCGUGAUCAUGGCGACUCCAGCUGAUUCUAGGGCUGUCAAGUCGCUCAACAACUCUCAGGGAACGAAUAAAUUUGUGUUCAAGAAGGUCGGUGAGAAAAUGGAAGACACUAAAACAGAAGUAGUCAAUGUCUUUAAGAGCUUGGAGAAGGUGAAGGCUGAGCCUUCACAGGGUUCCACCUUUCUCAAGGAUCGCCUCGUAGAAUUAAGGGAACUGAAUACAACAGAACAUUUUACUAAAUUCUAUGAAGAGAUGUUCCCCUUUGUUCAAACUCUGCCGUUGGUCAUCUCGCAAAAAGAAAUAGUCUUCUCAAAGCUUGUCUCUGGAUUACAUAUGGAAGCAAGAUUAUCUCUGGGAGCCUUUCUCGAGUUGAUUGAUGAUUUAUCGAGAGAUCUCUUGGACAGCUUUAUUCCCUUCCUUCCAAGGCUUGUUAACUCCUUAGUGACACUCCUGAAAAAGGGUGGUCAGAAAGAGCCAGAUAUUGUUAAGCAGAUAUUCGUAUCAUGGUCCAACAUAGUAAUGAACCUGCAGAAGUAUCUCAUAUGCGACAUCGAACGUGUUCUCAGGGAUACACUGGAGCUGAGGUACUACCCCCAAGAAUCUAUCAACGAAUUGAUGUCACGUUCUAUGGCACUUUUGUUGAGGACUGCACGGGAUGAGCAACGCGAGAUAGGUGAUGAAUUGCUUUUUUUUUUAAUUUCUUUAUGUUUUCUCCUUGUCUAUAUUAGGGACAGUCUAUUUGAUUCUUAUCUCAUGAACGUUACAGGGAUCAAGAGGAUCAUUUCUGAACUUGCUGACCCACUGAAGAAAUGUGGAGGAGCUGGACUACUAUAUCAUGUUAUGAUCAGGGAUGCUUCUGAGAAAAGUCUCCAUUCCAAAGCUGGGAAAGCUUUGAGUUUCUUGCUGAAAGAUUCAACAUUGUCCUCUUGUGAUGAUUUUCCUCAGGGUUCUGGUAGUACAGUAGAAGCUGUGAGUUCAGCUUUGCAAAGAAUAUGCGAGGCAACUAAUGCAGAAGAAUUAACCGUUCUGUGGGACUGCUUGUUUAAAGAAACAAAAGAAUCAAUCAAAAACAAAAACUCAGCUCAUUUGACCCGACUCUUGACACUGCUUACUUCAGCUGUUAGGGUUGGGAAAGGUCUCAAAGCUUGUGAUUACCGAUAUUUGGUUGGACUUGUGAGCCAGAUUGUGCCAACUUUUAUGGAUUCCUCUGAUGUUCUCAGUAGAUUUCUAGGACUGAUGUUAUGCACCAUUGACAUACCCAGUGAUGUCAAUGAGCUGGAAUCCAUUGCUUCACAAUGGACCCCCAUUUUUUCGUUGAAGAGUUUAAGUUUGGUGAGUUUCUUGCGGGGGUUGCUAGAGAAGAAAGAUGGAUUAAUAGUGCAAGUCUUUGCCUGUAAUAUAUUAAGCUGCAUCAACAAUAUGAUUACGGAGUCUUCGGAGGAGGUUAUUCCUCUGUUACUAUCAUUGUGUAAGAAGCAGCAAACUAGUCACGACAAGGUGGAUAUCGUAUAUGGAUCAUUUGAGAGUAUUCAGGUCUUCUUGGAAGACAAGAUUAAGAAGAUUCAAAUAAAUAUAGAGAAUACUGGAUUAGCUCAAAUUGAUGAGGCUGAGUUGGCUGCUGUCUGGGGAGCUGUCAAUUGUUUUCCCUAUUUUAAAUUGGAUUCAUCAUUACUGAUUCGCUUCAAGAAUACUCUGAAACAGCAGUUGGCAGCCUCAGCUGUCAGCGGUUCUAGUGCUCAGGAACUAAUGUGGCAGAGCUUACUUGGUUCUGCCUUGAGGUCAUGUCUCAAAAUCCGUUCUACUGGAAGACUCAUCCACAGUGAUGUAGAGGAAGUUUUGUCUCUUGCUAAAUGUUACAAGUCAUGUGUACAAGUGCUGUCUCCCGUAGCCGACUAUUUGGAUUUUGUGUAUAGACCUCAAUUAGCAAACGAUGAUAUCUCUAAGCCAUGUCCAGAGCUACAAGCAAACAAUGCUGAAGAUGCCUUUGACAUAUUUUGUGAAAAUUUGCGUCACCCGAACAAAGACGUCCGUCUUAUGACUCUAAGGAUCUUGUGCCAUUUUGAACCUUUGUCUCCUGACCCUUGUGUUGAAGAGCAUCCUCCUCCAAUGAAGAAGCUGAAAACUGAAGUGGUCCAGAAGUCUCCCUCUAAAAAGAAUGAUGUCACUACGAAUGUUCUUCAGAUACUGAAAACAGUUGGAGAGUCUCGUCCCACAUUACGGAGUAAAAAGGAUUUGGAUGCAGUACGGCAUCUCGCUGAUGACAGGAUACAUGAUGCAUAUGUGCCGCUUGUAUUCAAUGGAAUGAUAGGGUUGUUUCAUACAAAUAAUGAAUCUACUGAAAUUUGGGAACCAGCAUCUAAGUGCCUUGCGGAUCUUAUGAUGAAGCACACAAGCGCGCUGUGGAAUGGUUUUGUUCAUUAUUUGGGCCACUGCCAACUAAAAAUUGAAGCACUCCACAUUCAUAGAGGGAAUGGAAACUACAGCGUUUCACAGAAGCAUACUGGUCUGAUGGAGAGUUUUAAUGCAUUCAUCUCCCCGCGGUUUAAUGGUACGCCUACUGCAGAUGUAGUAUCUCUGUUGCUAAAGACCUUACAGAAAGUUCCCAGUGUUGCUCAGUCUCAUACCUCUGAUAUUCUCCCUCUGCUAUUGAAAUUUAUGGGGUACAAGACCGAAAACCCUUUGAGGGUCGGACUGUAUAACAGCGAAGCUUGUAAAGGAAAGGAGUGGAAGGGGUUGCUGGAACAGUCUUUGGCUUUGCUGAAGCUGAUGAAGAAUCCGAGGUCGUCACGUGUUAGUCAAUUUGUAAACGACGUUAUGCAGUACAGGUUCUUGGAUGAUAAUGAUGCUGAAAUACAAAUGAGUGUCCUAGAGUGCCUUGUGCUGUCGAAUGACUAUUUACUCCCACACCGCCAUCGUUUGGAGAAUCUGAUCAAGUCUAAAAAACUGAGAGAAGAGCUCACGAACUGGAACUUCUCCAAGGACAUUGAGGAAGCUCACAGAUCUCACUUUGUUUCUCUUGUAAUUAGAAUCAUUAUGCCAAAAGUUAGGAGUUUAAAAAAUUCAGCGUCGCGUGAGCGUACAAGUAUUCGUCACAGGGAGGCAGUUCUUGGCUUUAUAUCUCAGCUGGAUGUUAAUGAACUUUCCCUCUUCUUUGCAUUGUUGAUGAAGCCUUUGAACAUUAUAUCAGAUGAAGCAACGGACCUGUUUUGGAGCUCCGGUAAAAGCUCUCUGGAUUAUUUCCAAAGGUCCAAGUUCUCGAAAUAUAUCAACGUGGAUGCUCUUUCUACCUUGUCCUGGAAGAUGAAAUCUGGUUUUCUUCAUGUCAUCCAACACAUACUUGAAGUCUUUGAUGUAUUCCAUGUCCGACCAUUUCUAGACUUUCUCAUGGGAUGUGUUGUCCGGCUAUUAGUAAACAACGCUCCAAAUAUCGAUGAAGAAAGUAACAACAUUGAUAAAGAGAUUGUCUCAACAAAUCACGACCAGGCUGGCACUUCUCUAAAGCAGUUUAAAGAGUUGAGAUCCUUAUGUCUGAAGAUUAUUGCUCGUGUUCUUAAAAAGUACGAGGAUUGUGAUCUUGGCUCUGAGUUCUGGGACCUAUUCUUUUCAGCGGUGAAUCCGUUGAUCAAGAGUUUUAAGCAGGAGGGUUCCAGCAGUGAGAAACCAAGCUCAUUGUUCACAUGCUUCUUGUCAAUGAGCAAAAGCCCCAAUCUCGUCACCUUCUUAUGUCGGGAAGAGUCUCUUGUUCCAGACAUUUUCUCAAUUCCAACAGUCACCACAGCUUCAGAAGCUAUAAAGUCCUCUGCCUUGAGUUUCAUAAAGAAUCUGCUCAGCCUUGAGAAGGACAUGGAGGACGAUGACCAUAUGAACAAAGGAUUCUUAAACCCAUACAUAGACGCACUGAUUAACAACUUACAUUCUCUCUUUCGUGGAGAUAUUUUGAGAAGGAAAUCAUUCAAGUAUCAUGGUGAAAGAGAGAUCAAGAUUCUUAAACUAUUGUCGAAACAUAUCAGAGAUGAAUCUCAUGUAAUGAAGUAUUUGAACAUCUUGCUGUCUUUCUUGGACAAACGUGUGAAAUAUUCUGAUAUUCAUCGUGAGGCUUUGCUAGCCAUUCAAGACAUCACAUCGUUGCUUGGGAGUGAGAGUACUAACAAAAUUAUAGAUACAGUCUCUCUUCUGCUUGUUGACGCUAAACCUGAUGUCCGAUUAUGCAUUUGUAACCUUCUUGAGUCCCUUGCGAAAAUCGAUUCUUCUCUAGAUCGAGUGGCAAAAUGCGUAAGCGAUAUGAAUGCAACCUCACCCAUGAAAGUUGAUGACCUUGACUAUGAAACGAUAAUGGAUGCUUAUGCCAAGAUUGAUGUGGAUUUCCUUAACGAAUCCUCGGAGCAGCACAUGAUGAUCAUUCUCUCACAGAGUCUAUACAACAUGACAUCAAAAGAAGUUAUGCUAAAGGAUUGUGCAUGUAACCUCUUGUGCACUUUUAUUGAAUUUUCAGCCUCUUUACUUUGCCAAGAGGCCUCAGCACACUCCGACAUUGGCAAAGAGGUUUCAAAAUCCGUUGCAAGAUGGACAGGCGAUCGCGUGUUGUGGAUUAUGAAUAAGUUUAUUUUGAAACACAUUGGCGAUGCAGUAAACAACGGAAUCUCAUGUGGAAAGGGGGAGAUUCUUUUGAUACGCAAAAUGGUGAUGAGACUUCCAGAUUCCGGGAAUCUUUCUGCAUUCAGACCUUUGUGCUCUGAGAACGAUGACCUUGAUUUCUUCAAAAACGUCUUUAACAUUCAGGCACACCGUAGAGCAAAGGCAAUUAACAGUUUUGCCAAGGAGAUCAAAGAUAGCAGUCUGCCUGAGGGAGUAGUGAGAAAACUCUUGGUCUCAAUCUUUUUCAACAUGUUGCUUGAGGGACAAGAAAGAAAAGGUCAAGAUAGUAAAGGUCGAGUUAAAAAGGGUCAAAAUAGUAAAGAUGAAAAUGUCCUUGAUGCAUGCGAAGAAGCGCUUGCAUCCCUGUCUGCUCAUAUGAGUUGGACCUCGUACUACGCUCUAUUGAAGGGGUGUUUCCGAGAGAUGAAGCAGCAUACCGACAAGAGCAAGCGUCUGUUGGAUCUCGUCUGCUUGAUCUUGGACAAGUUUCACUUUGCAGAAGGUGGUGAGGCUCACGAGGAGAUUAGGGGUUGCCUUGACAAAACCUUGUAUCCAAAGAUAACGAAGCUGUUUGAUUCUGAGUCUGAUGGCGUUAACUUCAACGCCUAUGUAGCUGCUGUGAAGGUUCUAAAGCUACUUCCCAAAGAGAUAAUGGACUCAAAGAUAGAUUCUUUAGUCAAUAAACUUUCCAAUUUUUUGAGGGACGCGAUGGAGAGCACACGUGAGGGAGCCAGAAAAGCUCUGGCUUCUUGUUUGAAGGAGCUUGGCCUGGAGAAUUACUUGCAACUUGUCGUUAAGAAGCUAGUUUCUGUAUUAACAAAAGGAUCUGAGGUGCAUGUGCUGGGGUACACUGUCAAUCACAUCUUAUCGAAGUGCCUGCCAAGUCCUACUGGGUGGAAGUUGGAUCAUUGUUUGGAAGAUCUUCUUGAUGUGGUGGAAGCCGAUAUCCUUGGAGAUGUUGAUGAACAGAAAGAGGACAAGAAAGAUUUAAUGAAUAAGAGGAAGAAGAAGAAAGAAACGAUAAAACGCAAGUCACUUGAUUCUCUGAGAUUGAUUGCUGAAAAUGUAACGUUCAGAAGCCAUGCAUUGACGCUACUUUCUCCUGUCACUAAACAGCUGCAAGGGCCUAUGACUUCGAAGCUAAAAUCAACGCUUCAGGAUAUGUUAAAGCAUAUUGCAAUUGGUCUUGAAGGGAAUCCAUCUGUUGAUCAAGGACAUCUUUUCUGUUUUAUAUAUCACCUUGUUAACGACAACAAGAAGAGUGGUCUUAGAGGUCAAAUAUCUUCCCGGCCAUCCAAAAAGAAAAGGAAAUCGAGACGUAUUCAAGACACUUCUGGUGCAAAGUCAUGUCCACAUCUCAUCACGGUGUUUGCUUUGAACUUAUUGCACAACAGACUGAAGAGAAUCCAACCCAACAAUACUAACGAAGAGCUGGUGUCGAAGCUGGAUCCGUUUGUCAAACUACUUGUUGGUUGUUUGAGCUCUGUGUACGAAGAUGUUGUGUCUUCAUCUGUUAAAUGUUUCACUGCAUUGUUAAGGCUUCAACUGCCUUCCUUCAGGUCUGAAGCACGUGAAGUGAAAACCAAAGUGUUAGCCAUUGCUCAGUCUGCAGUGAGUUCCAGUAGUCCUCUUGUGCAGUCAUGCCUCAAGCUGUUAACAGCUCUUGUCAGCAAUGAUAACUUCAAGUUAUCAUCUGAGGAGUUGAAAAUGUUGAUUCAGUUCCGUAUGUUUUCUGAUCUGGAAUCGGAUUCCUCUGUUGCUUCUCUUUCACUUCUCAAGGCCAUUGUGAGAAAGAAGCUCAAAGUUCCGAAGAUAUAUGAUAUUGCCGACCAGGUUUCAAGGUUGAUGAUAACACAUCAGGAUAAAUCAAUCCGCAAUAAAUGUGGAGAUAUACUGGUAGAGUUUUUGGUCAAUUAUGUAUCUUCCGAGAAACGCCUAGAAGGACAUUUUAACUUUUUUCAGAAAAAUCUGAGCUAUGAACAUUCAACUGGAAGAGAAGCAGUUCUUGACGUUCUUCAAAAGCUUAUCCAUAAAUUCCCAGAUCCUAGUCCUGGCAAGCAGUCGAAACCUUGUCUAGGCCACCAGUCAGUUGUUGACCAGCAGUCUCAAAACUUGUUUAUUGAGCUUGCUCUUCAUUUGGAAAGAGAAAAUGAUCAAAAGUUGCUGGCUAAGAUUUGUGAUGUGAUGAAGCUUCUCAUAGGCUGCAUGAAUAAUUAUAAGUCCAGUCUUAAGCUCUCUCUGGGUUGGUAUAAGCAGGAGAACUCACGGGUUAGAGGAGCAAAGGUAUUGAGGUUAUUCAUUGAAGCCGAGAAAAAGUUUCCAGAGAAAAAAUGCAGUAUACUGUUGAAAGAGGGUAAAACGAUUUUAGAGUCUGCUGUAAAGUUGCAAAACACUGUUGAGGAAGGUAGUAUUCCCUUAUGGAAGGAAGCAUAUUACUCUCUGAUUAUGAUAGAGAAGAUGCUCACGCGGUUUCCUCAUUUAUGUUUUCGUGAAGAUUCUAAGGAUGUUUGGACAAUGGUGUUUAAGUUGUUGUUGCACCGACAUGAGUGGUUGCAAACUACAACAUGCCGACUCUUGCACUAUUAUUUCAAAAACCUACCCGAGUCUACGGAAGCUGAGUCUCUUCUUGGUAAGCCAAGUAGCCUUUUCAUGGUAGCUGCUUCUCUUUGCUUCCAGUUAAAGCUAAAGGUGGACCGCAACAGAGUCGUCAACAAAAACAAUGAUACCACUGAAGAAGAUUAUCUCAGAGAGAAUCUUGUUUUUGCUGUCACUGGACUUCAUUCAAUGAUUGGACAAACAGAUGAUGAGUACUGGUCAAGUCUCGACAGUGAUGAGCAAGCAAAGUUCAUGGAAGCCUUUCUAGUAUUUGAUUCAGGGAAAGUAAGGUCUACUUUUCUGGCUCUUACUAGUUCAGGCCACCUGAAAGGCCAAGAUGAUGUAAGAAACGUAUUGGUCGGAAGCUUACUCAAAAGAAUGGGGAAGCUUGCGUUUGAUGUGGACUCUCAUCAGAUGAGAAUAGUGUUCAACGUUUGUAAAGAGUUUGCCUCAAACUUGAAUCAGGAAGAGUGUCGCCUAUACGCCUUCAGGAUUCUGCUUCCUUUAUACAAAGUUUGCCAAGGGUUUACAGGGAAAGUCAUCACAGACGAGUUGGAACAGCUAGCUGAAGAGGUGAGAGACGGUAUAAGAGACAAGAGCUUAGGCGUUCAGAUGUUUGUGAAAGUUUACAGCGAAAUCAAAAAGAGUUUGGAAGUGAAAAGGCAGAAGAGGAGGCGAGAAGAGAAGGAAAUGGCGGUGGUGAACCCUGAGAGGAACGCAAAGAGGAAACUGAAGGUAGCUUCGAAGAACAAGGCUAACAAGAAGAGGAGGAUGAUGAGGAGUAAAAUGGAUAGAUGGUCACGCUCUUGAGCUCCCAUAACCAUAUUUAAGCCAUCGUUAACUUAAUUAUUUAAUAAGUUUAUCAUCAAAUAACAUCAAAGAUCAUUAGACUAUAUGUAGUAUUUUCUCAACCAUUUGUGAUUCUUUUUUCAGUUUUAUCUGAUAGAUUUUCAACUUAA